UCACGUAUUCAUAGCAGCAAAUUGCAGGAACAACUUCUAUCUAUUUAUCCAGCAGGACAGACUAUCAGCAAGAGAAAUCAGAGCAAGCAAGAAAUCAGAGUUAGCAAGCUGUGAAAGAGACAGACAGCAAUGAGCACUUCAGGCAAAGUCAUUAAAUGCAAAGCAGCUAUUUCCUGGGAACCUAAGAAACCAUUUUCCAUUGAGGAGGUGGAAGUUGCCCCCCCAAAGGCACACGAAGUUCGCAUUAAGAUUUUGGCCACAGGGAUCUGUCGCUCGGAUGACCAUGUUAUGAGUGGUGCAUUAACUGUGCCUUUUCCAAUAAUUCUUGGCCAUGAAGCAGCUGGUAUUGUAGAGAGCGUUGGAGAAGGGGUGACUUGUGUGAAACCAGGAGACAAAGUCAUCCCGCUCUUUGUUCCACAGUGUGGAGAGUGUAGCUCUUGUGUAAGCUCCAAGGGCAAUCUAUGCACUACAAAUGACAUUGGUGCAGUUCGCAGCUUAAUGAAGGAUGGCACCACUAGGUUUACCUGCAAAGGAAAACAGAUUCAUCAAUUUAUUAGUACAAGCACCUUCACUGAAUAUACAGUGGUGCACGAGACAGCAGUUGUCAAAAUUGAUGCAGGUGCUCCUCUAGAAAAAGUGUGUCUGAUCGGCUGUGGAUUUUCCACUGGUUAUGGGGCUGCCGUCAAUACUGCCAAGGUGGAACGUGGUUCUACCUGUGCUGUCUUUGGUCUGGGAGGAGUUGGCCUCUCUGUUGUCAUGGGCUGUAAAGCUGCUGGUGCUUCCCGGAUCAUUGGGAUCGACAUCAACAAAGACAAAUUUGCCAAGGCUAAAGAGUUAGGAGCCACUGAGUGCAUCAACCCUCAGGACUUCACAAAGCCCAUUGAAGAUGUGCUGAAGGAGCUGACUGGUGGUAAUGGUGUGGACUAUUCCUUUGAAGUCAUUGGACGCACUGAUACCAUGACAGCUGCCCUGGCAUCCUGCCACAUGAAUUACGGAAUGAGUGUGAUUGUAGGAGUGCCUCCGUCAGCAUCAAAGAUCACCUACCCUGCUAUGCUGCUCUUCACUGGACGCACCUGGAAGGGGUCUAUUUUUGGAGGCUGGAAGAGCAAAGAUUCUGUCCCUAAACUAGUUGCAGACUACAUGGGGAAAAAAUUCAACCUGGAUGCUUUAAUAACCCACACUUUGCCUUUCGAUAAAAUCAACGAAGGAUUUGAACUACUGCGGGAAGGGAAGAGUAUCCGCACUGUCCUGCUGUUUUAGGAUCGGCCUGGGGGUUGUCAACAGCAUGACACAUCUCAUCCAAAAUCUCCUCCCUGCAAUAUCUAUAUCGUGAAAUCACAAAACAAAGUGCAGAAAGUCUUGGAUAAUUCUUUGCUACUAAUAGCUGAGUAAAAUGGACCAAACAAAAGCUGCAGUCAUCUGGGCAGAUUUUGAUUAAUAAGGAAGAAUCGUUCUAAGUGCAGAAUUUGGAAUAUAAACUGUUGUUUGGAAGUCUUUUAAAUAGAGGCAUAUAAGAAGGAAAUGAAUCUGCUUCCUACCAGGGUAUCCUACAAAGGAUCCUCCAUUGGUGAUUUCUUUAAAUCCUUUACCCUGUUGUCCCUUUCUGUGCUGAAUCCUCGCUGUUUUAAUUAGUACAAUCAUAAGCAUAUGAAAUCUACAGUACUUGACAUCUCAAACACCAGUAUGUUGUGAAAUGCCUUGAUUCUUGUUUUUUUAAUUGUUGCACUACCUGAUUUUAUAUGAGGUGAGAGAGAAAUGUUUCUUUAGGUCUUUGUCUAGCAUCCUGUGAGGUGUUAAUUUUUCCUCAGUUAUGGUCCUUUAUCCAUCUUGAAAUAAUUUGGUUUUCUGAAUAUCCAAGAGAAGAAAGUUAUUGGUGGUUUAAAAAAAAAGAGAAUCCAGGAAUAGGUAACUCCAGUGCAGCAGUUCUCAAACUGUGCGUCGGGACUCCAAAGUGGGUCACAACUCUGUUUUCAUGGGGUCGCCAGGCCUGGUGUUAAAUUUGCUGGGGCCAAAGCUUGAGCCCCACUGCCUGGGUCCGAAGCUGAAGCCCAAUCCCCGCCACCUGG